AGUUUUUGCUCUGUGUCACACUGCCACGCGCGGAGAGCAAGGAUGCAGCAGUCACGCACCUCCACCUUCCUCCCCCUGGUGACUGCGCUCCCGCAUCAGCGACUCUCCCCUGUCUCUCCCUCGGUGGGUGAUGCUUCAUUUCUCCUCCUGGUUCCUCAUCGCCUGGUUUCCUCCUGCUGCACCACCAUCAUCCUCCUCAUCCAUCCAUCAACGAGGGCUUCCUCUGCUCAGCAGCAGUCGACUCAUUCCGUCCUCAUGAGCUGGUUAUUAUGCAGGAGGUGGGCAGGAAAUCUGCGGGAAGGAUGCGGUGCGUGGAAUGACUGAUCGUCACCGACUGGCUGUAUUCAUGGAGAUAACACAAGCCUGCUCCCGUGGCCAACUUCAGCAAGGGAAACCUCGGAGAGGUCCCAGGAAAAGAUGGCAUUCUGGAAAAGAAAGCCCUACAUUGAGAAGGAACGCAGAGUAAAAGCCAAUUCCCUGGAGUACAACGACAUGUUUCCUUACACUGACAACCGCAUCAAAACCUCAAAGUACAACAUCUUCACCUUCCUGCCUGUCAAUUUGUUCGAGCAGUUCCAGAGGGUGGCCAAUGCCUACUUUGUAGUACUGCUGAUACUGCAGCUAAUUCCAGAAAUCUCCUCUCUGUCUUGGUUCACCACCGUCGUGCCUUUGGUUCUGGUGCUGGUCAUCACAGCCGUGAAGGACGCCACUGAUGACUAUUUUAGACAUAAAAGUGACCAGCAAGUCAACAACCGCAAGUCUCAGGUUCUCAUCAGAGGAAGCUUACAGAAGGAGAAAUGGAUGAACGUUCGAGUGGGAGACAUCAUCAAACUGGAGAACAAUCAGUUUGUUGCUGCAGACAUCCUCCUGCUCUGCAGCAGCGAGCCCUACGGUCUGUGCUACGUCGAGACCGCAGAGCUUGAUGGGGAGACGAAUCUGAAAGUACGACAAGCUUUGAGCGUCACCUCGGAUUUGGGAGAUGUUUCAAAACUGCACGACUUUGACGGAGAAGUCAUCUGUGAGCCACCAAACAACAAGCUGGACAAAUUUACAGGAACGUUAAACUGGAGAGGCAAUAAAUACUCUCUUGAUAAUGAAAAAAUUCUCCUGCGGGGCUGCAUUCUCAGAAAUACUGAGUGGUGCUUUGGAAUGGUCAUCUUUGCAGGUUUGCUUUUUUUUAUUUUAUCACCUAUUCUUGUCAUUUUUAUUUGGUCUUUUCACAGUUCAGAUUAUUAUUUUUUUCCAUCUUUUUUUUCUUACGUUUCCCUUCCUUUGACAGGAUUGCAAACCAAACUGAUGCAGAACUGUGGGAAAACGAAAUUUAAAAGGACCAGUAUAGAUAAACUGAUGAACACUCUGGUUUUGUGGAUUUUUGCCUUUCUCAUAUGCAUGGGUGUCAUUAUGGCGAUUGGAAACACGGUUUGGGAGAUCUGGGUCGGCAGAAGCUUUGAGAUGUUUCUACCCUGGGCUGAGUUUCAGAGCAGCGCCGUUUUUUCUGGCUUCCUCACCUUCUGGUCCUACAUCAUCAUCCUCAACACCGUUGUGCCCAUCUCACUGUAUGUCAGCGUUGAAGUUCUGCGGCUUGGUCACAGUUUCUUCAUAAACUGGGACGUGAAGAUGUACAACAGUCAAACGGACACGGCAGCUGUGGCUCGCACCACCACCCUGAACGAGGAGCUCGGUCAGGUGGAGUUCAUCUUCUCCGACAAGACCGGCACGCUCACGGAGAACAUCAUGGUCUUCAACAAGUGCUCCAUCAAUGGAACGACUUAUGGUGACGUCUAUGAUGAAUUUGGUCACAGGGUGGAGAUCACUGAGAAAACAGCCUGCGUGGAUUUUUCCUUUAACCUCCUCUCGGAUGGGAGCUUUAAGUUCUACGAUAACACCCUGGUGGAAGCGGUGAAACAGAAAGAUCCUGCAGUGCACGAGUUCUUCAGACUGCUGGCUUUGUGCCACACUGUCAUGCCAGAGGAGAGCGAAGGAAAGCUGGUGUACCAAGCCCAGUCCCCAGACGAGGGUGCGCUAGUCACUGCAGCAAGGAAUUUUGGUUUUGCUUUUUGCGCUCGAACCCCUGAGAGCGUCACCGUGUGCGAGAUGGGACACGCCGUCACCUACCAGCUGCUGGCCAUUCUGGACUUCAACAACACGCGCAAGAGAAUGAGCGUCAUUGGUUCGAUUUUCACUCCCAAAAGCAAAACUAUAAAACACUAUUUAAUUAUAGAGGACAUUUUUAAUACAAGCAUGACUUUUAGUAAAUAUUGCUCUGCUUUGUUCUGUUCAGUAAGAGAUGAAGAGGGAAGGAUUAAAUUAUACUGCAAAGGAGCUGACACGAUCAUUUUUGAUCUUCUGGAUCCCUCCAGCAAAGAUCUCGUGUAUACCACGUCUGAACAGCUCAAUUACUUUGCAGGAGAAGGGCUUCGGACUCUGGCUCUGGCCUACAAAGAACUCGAUGAAGAGUACUGCGACGUUUGGAUGAAGAAGUUUUUAUUUCUCAGUUCUGUGCUUGAGAGCCGUGAGGAUCAGCUGGCUGCUCUCUAUGAGGAGAUCGAACAGGGCAUGAAGCUUCUAGGAGCCACUGCUAUUGAGGAUAAACUUCAGGAGGGAGUGCCGGAAACUAUUUCCAGAUUGAAUCUGGCUGAUAUUAAAAUUUGGGUCUUAACAGGAGACAAACAAGAGACUGCAGUGAACAUCGCCUACUCCUGCAACAUGCUGCGAGACGACACGACUGAGGUGUUUGUUGUGUCCGGCCACACUCUUAUGGAAGUGCAGCAGCAGCUCAGGAGGGCUAAGGAGCACAUCCUCAGUUUGAGUCGAGUCAGCGACACAGGAGAUGAUGAGAAGAACGACAUGUAUGGAGAUGAUUCGGUGUUUGAAGAAGCCAUUAUAGCAGAAUAUGCCUUAGUCAUCAACGGACACAGUUUGGCUCACGCUCUGGAGCCCCCGCUGGAAGUCCUGUUUCUGGACCUGGCCUGUUUGUGUAAGAGUGUCAUCUGCUGUCGGGUCACUCCCAUGCAGAAAGCUCAGGUGGUGGAGCUGGUGAGGAGGCACAAGAGGGCCGUCACUCUGGCAGUGGGAGACGGAGCAAACGAUGUCAGCAUGAUCAAGACUUCUCACAUCGGUGUUGGCAUCAGUGGUCAGGAGGGAAUGCAGGCGGUUCUGGCCUCAGACUUCUCAUUUGCUCAGUUUCGGUGUCUGCAGAGGCUCCUGCUGGUACACGGACGCUGGUCCUAUUUCCGCAUGUCCAGUUUUUUAAGUUACUUCUUCUACAAAAACUUUGCCUUUACCCUGGUUCACUUCUGGUACGGCUUCUUCUGUGGUUUUUCCGCACAGACUGUGUAUGAUGAGUGGUUCAUAACCCUCUUCAAUAUUGUCUACACGUCCUUACCAGUGCUAGCCAUGGGACUUUUUGAUCAGGAUGUUAACGACCAGAACAGCCUUCGCCAUCCCAGUCUGUACAAAUCCGGGCAGAGCCACCUUCUCUUCAACAAGCGGCAGUUCUUCCUGUGCACGCUGCACGGCAUAACCACAUCAUUCCUGCUCUUCUUCGUUCCUUACGGAGCGUUCUCUGUUAUGGUGAAAGAAGACGGGUCUCAACUCUCAGACCAACAAACGCUCGCCGUCACCAUAGCGACCUCAUUGGUCAUUGUUGUGAGUGUUCAGAUCGGACUCGACACUCAUUACUGGACUGGAGUCAACCAUCUGUUUGUGUGGGGAAGCUUGACAAUGUACUUUGUAGUAUUGUUUGCCAUGCAAAGUGAUGGAUUGUUUGGUAUUUUUCCAAAUACCUUUUCAUGUGUCGGAGCGUCUCGCAACUGUCUUUCAGAGACGAGUGUGUGGUUGGUCAUUCUGCUCACCACUGCAGUGUGUAUUGUGCCUGAUUUAUUUAUUAGAUCCAUACGAGUCAACCUCUUCCCAACUCAAACAGACAAGCUGAGGCGUCUCCAGCAGUCCCGUAAGAAGCAGAGACCACAGGAGCAGAACCUGCGGCGAGUACGCAGGACAAGCUCUCGCCGCUCCGCCUACGCCUUCUCCCACCAGCAGGGCUUCGGGGAGCUCAUCACCUCCGGAAAAAACAUGAGAGCAAACAGAAUCUCCUCAACGUGCUCCUACGAAAGAACGGCGCCGAGCUCCAACUUUAUCGACAAUGUAAUCAAGAGAACCAACGCGGUCUCGUGCGUCUCCUUUGGAAGCCCAAACAAGCAUCAGAGCAAUACGGAGUGAACAGAACAGACUGAACUGUUGGGACACUUUACAAGAAUCCAUGUAUAUGAGUACAAGCACAAGCUACCAGUGUCCUUCAUUUGGGCUGAACUAUGCCCAAAUCCAAAACACAAACAUACCUCAUUUUUUUAUACCAAUAACUCAAAAGUAGUGUUGUCAUAUUCAAAUAGAAUAACUCGUUAUGAAAGUAUAGAAUAUCAAUCAAAAAUGAAGAACAUUUUACAAAUGUGUAAAUGGUUACCACAAUUGGAAGUAAAAGUGUUUGACUUAAAAAAAUUGGUGCAUAAAAAAUAUCAGCGAAAAUAUAAAGAUUUUCACAUUAAAAAGAUAAAA